UUGACUAACUUUAUAAGACAAUGCAGGAGAUCUGAGGAAUUAUUGCGAACCGAACACAAAAAGAAUCCUGUAUUACCAUCUGUAGUACAACUCUCGAUAUCCGAAACAAAACAUUAUUAUCUUGGACCAGAGGAUAUUUUACCUGGUAUUAAAGACGAGGAUAGUUUUAUAGGAGAAGACGAUAUUCCUUUAGUAUUCCUGAAUGAAUAUGAUUGUGAAGAUGAUGAUGUCGAGGGACAAUCAGACGUUAAGUCAGAAAAAGAUGAUUAUAAGAUCGCAAAAAGAAAAAAGAUUAAGAAAGAUGUAAAGGAAGGAUUUUCAUCACGAAUGGUGACUGAGACUGACGAAUAUGUGGUCAUUAAAUUGACUAAAGAACAGAUUUUGGAAGAAAUGCAGCAACAGUCAUUGACAGAGAAGUACAAAGUACUUCCAUACAAGUGUGACAAGUGUGUCCGCGGAUUUAACUUCGAGGAUGUCUUACGGAAGCAUAUGGAGAAACACAAUUCUAAAAAUGGACCAUUCCAAUGCGAAUUGUGCACUCAAUACUGUCCUACAAAGGUAUCAUUAAGAGGACAUUUAAAGUCACAUUCAACAAGAUAUAAAUGUAAAUUGUGUGGUAUUGUCCGUCUGUCGCGGCAACACGUUUUGGAGCAUUACUCUCUUGAACAUACACACACAGCAACUGUAUAUAAAUGUCCACAAUGCGAACACACAACCAAUAAACGAACAGCCAUGCAGCGCCACGUGCGUCUUCACUCAAAAUGCGAACCAGUCAAGUGCGAUCUAUGUGGAAAGACGUACAAAAGCAAAGAAUCUCUCAGGAUACACAUAAUGCGUCACGAUGAACAAAAGCUUCAUCAAUGCGAGAUCUGUAGCAGUAGUUUCGUGUACGCGGCCCAGUUAACGAAACAUAUACGUUCUGUCCACGAGAAUAAGGAUUACUAUUGCGUGGAAUGUGACAUCAUGUUUAAAUCUAUGAGAGGUUCAUCUCCCAAUCAACGCUCGCCACUCAUAGGACGAAUACACACGGAGCGGCCAAGAGCGAGAGUUGCUCAGUUUGUGCAAGGAAGUAUAGCAGCGUGGAAGCUCUUAGAUGGCAUACAAGGAGGUGCCAUAGUACUGAACAGGAGAGGGUCAAGUGUGGAGUCUGUGAUAGGAGCUUCACGCGCGCCUACGUCCUCCGUGUCCACAUGCGCACACACACAGGCGAGCGUCCUCACGUGUGUGAGUGUGGCGCCACCUUCACACAGGCAGCGGGACUUAGAGCGCAUGUGGUGGCGAGGCAUAAGGUAA